GUCCUGGAGUAAGAUCUGGGAGGACUAGAGUACUGGGAUAGGGGUGGUGAGUUUUUUGGGAUAUAGUGGUGUAUAAAAUGCGUGGGUUAGAUGGUGGUGCAAUUUAUUUUCUCCAUUUCCCCUUAUUUUUUUUGUGACAAUGUGCAAUUCACACUCCGACCUGUGAAAGGAAACAAUAACCAACACAGCGUCCAGUCUACCGGAAACUCACACGAAGAAGUAAACAGAAAGUGAACAGUGACAAAGAACAAUUUCCACUUUAGCAUUCAUUGUUAUUUAUACUUGUGUUAACACCCUGAAACUCAAAAUAUGACUGAUUUAACUGGACAGCAUCACAUACUUACAGCGUGUAGUGUUUAAUAAGCGUUGGAGACGUGAUCUCGGUAACGCUAGUGAACAAUGGAUAACCGUAUGGUUUUUCACACUCAAAUAGCCUCCGUCAUGGAGGUGUUAGCGAAUGCAGCUGUAGCUGAGCUCUGUAAACUCGUAGACGACGACUAUGCAGUGUUUCGUUUGGAAAUAACGCAAAGCCAGAAAGAAAACAGGGUUUUGCGAAGGAAACUACUGGAACUGAAGGUGGCAAGGGAGCGCGCAGAGAGGACAACGCGGGAGCGCGUCCUCGCCAGCCGUGUCAAGAUCCCAGACCGAAACAGAGAAAUGUCAAGAGUCACUGUUUCAGGUGAAGGACGUCUCACUGGAGGGCACAGGAGCUUUGUGAAGGCAGCGAGACACAAUACUUGGAGAGAUGACCAACCAAUCACUGUUGAGGGGAGUGGAACCUCAACCCAGCACGUUAUCGUAAUAGAGUCUGCAGAUGCAGAGGCUGCAGGCCCUGGGGUCAAGCAGGAGAGGUCUGAAGGAGAGAAGGACCCACAGCACAGCAGAGCCAUCCAGACUGGAGCGCCCCCUGUAAGCAUAGAGGACCCCACCAGUGCCCCAACAUCUCCCAGGAACCGACCCAGCGUCAGGGAGGUCAGCGGAACACAGAACGCCGUCCUCAAGUCAGAGACCGACACCAAGACUUUAAAUUUAACACACAGGCUCUUACACACAGGUUUUGACCACAGAUCAGACCCGGGGAGACUGGGCUGUCCUCCUGCUCCCGGUUCAGAGUACUUACCGGUAUUUCACCAGAGCCAGAGGAUGGUUCAUUGCCGUGGAGUUGACUCGAUAGACACUAGUGGUGAUGAUCCGUCUUGUUCUUACACUACAGAGACGGACCCUGGCAACAUGACCUUGGGUUUAGAGACACAGACUGAUCUGUCUAGAGGGGACUGGAACCGGUAUAGUAGUAGUGUAUACUCUGAAGGGUGCCUAGCUAAGAAAGGGGAGGUUAUAGUGAUAGAUGAGGUGAAAGUGGAGGGUGUCGUUCCUCCCACAUGGAUUGCAGAUAGUCACCUAGGAAACAGACACUCACAAGGCAGAGAUUUCUUAUAUUACAGGGAAAGCUUAGAGACACAUCCAAAUGUUGAGACCCACUCCCCUACACACACAUUCAGGGAAUGCGACUCAGUGUCCACGUCGAUGAGUCCUUCCGAUUCACAGAUAUUGAACUCAAAGGGCCAAAGGGCCAAGGCUCGGGGAGCAAUAUCAGGCAAUAGUAAAGAGAAACGGUUCCUCUGCAUGUUCUGUAAGAAAGGCUUCAGCUGCUCCCAGAAUGUGGAAAUCCACCAGAGAAUCCACACAGGAGAGAAACCCUACAGCUGCCCCCAAUGUCACAUGUGCUUCGCUCAGUCUGGCAGCCUGAAGAGGCACCAAAGGGUCCACACAGGGGAGAAACCCUACAGCUGCCCACAGUGCGAGAAGAGGUUCUCCCGCCAACACCUGCUGAAGACGCACCUGAAGAUCCACACAGGAGAGAGGCCAUAGCGCCUGUACGCACUGCAGGAAGAGAUUCCCAGAGAGGAGCUACCUCAGGAUACACCAGCAGAAAAAACAUUCCACACUAUAACAUAGAAAGUUUGUUUAGAUCAAACCCUGCAAUGAAGGUUAGACACAGCGAGAUGCACAAAGUAAACAGCAGUAGUGGGUCAAUUUCUACAACAACUAAGAGCGUUGAAGCACAAGGCUAAAUUUCUGAUGUUUUGGUCCUGCGGCUACCAUGUUGUAGCAGCGUGAAGCGAACUCAUGUACAUGCGCAGAUACUGUGUGACUGUGAAAGCAAAGUCUAGCAUCACGCUCAUCACAAUAUCUGGGGUUCUGCUCGUGGCAACCUCAUAACGCUGAGUCUUCCUUUAAAGACAAAGGUUAAUUUUCAUUGUUGUCAGAAUAACAUUUCAGUGUUGCAUAUUCCUGGGUAGAAUAUUGCAUUUAGGCAUUGUGUGAUACACAUAAUUACAUUGCCUUCAGAAAGUAUUCACACCAGUUGACGUUUUCCUCAUUUUGUUGUGUUACUGGCCUACGCACAAUAUCCCAUGAUGUCAAAGUGGAAUUAUGUUUUUAGACAUUUUUUACAAAUUAAUAAAAAAAUUAAAAGCUGAAAUGUCUUGAGGCCGUAAGUAUUCAACCCCUUUGUUAUGGCAAGCCUAAAUAAGUUCAGGAGUAAAAACGUCACUUAAGUUGCAUAGUUAACAUGAUUUUUGAAUGACUACCUCAUCUCUGUACCCCAUACCUACAGAUAUAUGUAAGGUCCCUCAGUCGAGCAGUGAAUUUCAAACACAGAUUCAAGACCAGGUAGAUUUCCAAUGCCUCUGAAUGAAGGGCACCUAUUGGUAGAUAGGUAAAAUAAAAAAGCAGGCAUUGAAUAUCCCUUUGAAAAUGGUGUAGUUAUUAAUUACACUUUGGAUGGUAUAUCAAUACACCCAGUUACUACAAAGAUACAGAAGCCCUUCCUAACUCUGUUGCCGGAAAGGAAGGAAACCACUCAGGGAUUUCACCAUGAGGCCAAUGGUGACUUUAAAACAGUUACAGAGUUUAAUGGCUGUGAUAGGAGAAAACUCAGGAUGAAUCAAGAACUUUGUAGUUACUCUACAACACUAACCUAAUUGACAGAGUGAAAAGAAGGAAGCCUGUACAGAAGAAAAAUAUUUUUUUUAAAUAUUUUUAAAAAAAACCCCCAAAGGCACUAAAGUAAAACUGCAAAAAAUGUAGCAAAGAAAUUAACUUUAUGUCCGAAAUACAAAGCGUUGUUUGGGGCAAACCAACACAUCAGUGAGUAUGACUCUUCAUAUUUUCAAGCAUGGUGGUGGCUGCAUCAAGUUAUGGGUGUGCUUGUCAUUGGCAAGGACUAGGGAGUUUUUUUUUAAUCAUAAAAAUAAACGAAAAAGCUAAGCACAGGCAAAAUCCAAGAGGAAAACCUGGGUCAGUCUGCUUUCCAAUAGACACUGGGAGAUUAAUUCACCUUUCAGCAGGACAAUUACCUAAAACACAAGACCAAAUAUACACUGGCGUUGCAUACCAAGACAACAUUGAAUGUUCCUGAGUGGCUUAGUAUCAGUUUUGACUUAAAAAAAAAAAAAGUAAGAAUAAUGUGUAAAUAUUGUACAAUCCAGGUGUACAAAGCUCGUAAUAAGGACUUACCCACAAAGACUCACAGCUGUAAAUCGCUGUCAAAGGGGAUUCUAACAUGUUUUGACUCGGGUUGAAUACUUAUAAUCAAGAUGUUGUUUUUUUACAAAUGUAUAAUUUUUCUUCCACUUUCAGAGUAUUUUGUGUAGAUCGUUGACCAAAAAUUAAAUCAAUUUUAAUCCCACUUUGUAACACCACAAAAUGUGGAUAAAGGGGUGUGAAGGCCGCACUUAAUUUUUAUAUUGUGCUUGCACUGUGUAGACUGCUGUUCAAAUGCCGUUGAAAUACCCCAAAAAUUCCUGAGACACUUUUAAUGAGAACCUCUCUGGGCAACCCGACACGCAAGCGUCCCACCUUGCCAACAAUAAAUGCAAAUGCACUACGCCAAAUGCUAAUAGCACUCGUUAAAACUCAAACGUUCAUUAAAACUCACAUGCAGGGUACUCAAUUGAAGCUACACUCGUUGUGAAUCUAGCCAACAAGUCAGAUUUUUAAAAUGCUUUUCAGCGAAAGAAUGAGAAGCUAUUAUCUGAUAGCAUGCAACACCCCGAAAUACCAGAAGGGGACGUAAACAAAAUAAUUAGCGUAGCCGGCGCUACACAAAACGCAGAAAUAAAAUAUAAAACAUUCAUUACCUUUGACGAGCUUCUUUGUUGGCACUCCUAUAUGUCCCAUAAACAUCACAAUUGGGUCUUUUUUUCAAUUAAAUCGGUCCUUGUAUACCCAAAAUGUCCAUUUAUGAAGACUGUCAGAUCUAGGAAAAACACAGUUUUUAAACGCAACGUUAUUUUUUACAAUUAAAAAAGUUGCCUAUAAACUUUGACAAAACACUUAGGUAACUUUAGGUAUUAGUAAACGUUAAUAAACUAUCAAAUUGAUCACGGAGCGAUCUGUAUACAAUAGCAACAAGUUUGGAAAACGUAGUCCACUUUCCCCCUUCCAUUUUUUCCUGCUGUGUACCCGACGAAAGGAAGUGCCUAUUACUCAUAUGACAUAUGAAUUCACAACACUGGCGACAUCGUGUGGAAGAUGUAGGAACUGUAAGCCCAUCCUUAUCUAUUAUGCCUUGCAAUAGACAAUACAGAGACUGGCGGAUUGAUUUUUUCUUCGUCGAUUUUGUGAUCAGGUUUCCUUGCGAUUUUGACCACGAAACACGCUCUGUUAUAGUCACAGACAUCAUUGAACCAGUUUUAGAAACUUCAGAGUGUUUUCUAUGCACACAUACUAAUCAUAUGCAUAUACUAUAUUCCUGGCAUGAGUAGCAGGACGUUGAAAUGUUGCGCGAUUUUUAACAGAAUGUUGAAAAAAGUAGCCCGAUCUCUAACAGAAAAUUAAUGCAGAUUUGUUGUUGAGACGUGUGGUUUUCAUAUGGUGUAUUUAAAACUUGUUUCUGUUUAAUAAACACAAAAUUGGA